CUUCGAAAUGGAUUUGUGGAAAAAUAAAAUUGCAGUAGUAACGGGCGCUUCAUCAGGUAUUGGAGCUCAAAUAGCUCUGGAUUUAGCAAAUUCCGAUGUAAAAGUGAUUGCUUUAGCACGUCGAAAGGAAAGACUCGAUGAACUUGCGAAAAAUUCAAAUAUUUAUCCGCUCGUGUGUGAUGUUUCCGAUCAAAAAUCCAUUGAAGAAACAUUCAGUUCCAUACAAAAAAAUUUUGGAAAAAUUCAUAUUCUUAUCAACAAUGCUGGACGAGUUCGUGACGGAACGAUUUUAGAUAUGUCAAAAUCGAAUGAUGAUUUUCGAGGUACAAUCGAUGUUAAUUUGACUGCUGCGGUUAUUUGCACACGAGAAGCUUUCAAACUAAUGGAGACACAUGAAGAGCCUGGAUUUAUUAUCAAUAUCAACAGCGUUUUAGGUCAAAUGACACCGCAAGCUAAAUUUUUGCCUUCGAACGUAUAUCCAGCUACGAAACAUGCCUUGAAAAACUUUACUGAAACAAUAAGAUUGGAAUUGGUAGCUAAAAAUUUGAAGAGAAUACGGAUUUGUAACGUCACUCCGGGACUUGUGAAAACCGAAAUAACAGAAGCAGCAGGACAUCCAAAGGAAUUGUGUGAAAAAAUCUACAAAUCUUCGUUGCAUCUUAUGCCAUCAGAUAUAUCCGCAGCAGUUCUCUAUAUUUUAAGUCAACCGAAUUUCAUCAAUAUUACAGAAUUGACUAUCAAACCAACGGGAGAAACCUUUUAAUUAGAGAAAUAGAUAUUAAAAGUAAUGUUGUGUUAAAAGUAAAAAAAAAAAAAAUAACUUAACG